AUGACUUCGACAACGUCGGCACGUCUACCGACAUCGCAGCUUUUCUCUCUCGAGGGCAAAACUGUGAUCGCGACGGGUGGUACCGGAGGGCUCGGGUCAGAGAUGUGUCUGGCCAUGGCAGAAUCAGGCGCCAAUAUCGUCUCGAUAUACCCGCCUGGCGACCCCGGUCAGCCCAGGCUAGAAGAGACGAUCCGCAGCAGCGUUGUUGGCGGCAGCCGUAAAGUGGUCGGGUUCGAAUGUGACAUCAGUGAUUCGCAGAGUCUCAGAGACACGUUCGACAAGAUAUGGCGCACUGGUGUCGUCCCGGACAUACUGCUGAACUGUGCCGGUCUGAAUCGGAGAGGACCCAUUGAGGAAAUGACCGACGAGAAGAUCGACUUGAUCUUCGCCGUCAAUCUCAAGGCAGCGUAUGUCGCGGCUCAAGAGUUCGGUAUGCACCUGAUCAAGCUGGGCCGGCCGGGCAAGAUCAUCAACAUCGCGUCCUUCACGUCGUUUGUCGCAAUGACAAACGUCUCGGCUUAUGCAGCCACCAAGGGAGGUGUGCUGCAGAUGACCAAGGCUUUCAGCAAUGAAUGGGCUGUCCAUGGCAUUCAGGUCAAUUGCAUUUGCCCGGGAUACAUCAAGACGCCGCUGUCGGAAGCGCUCGUCCAGCAGUUUCCGGAGAUGGAGCAAUAUAUCAUCAAUCGAACUCCUGCUGGAAGAUGGGGAGAACCCGCAGAUUUACGUGGCGCUGUAUUGUUUCUAGCGAGUCCUGCUUCUGAUUACGUGACAGGCACCAGUAUAGUAGUGGACGGAGGCAUGAUGUUCAGAUAGGAGGAAAAGAGACG